CGUAUUUGCGUUCCCUCCACUGGACAGCUACGUGUCCGAGCAGUAGCAGAGUUCGAUGACCAGGCAGCCGCCGGUCAUAUGGGCUUCCACAAGACGUUGGCUCGUGUGAGCCGCUUGUACGUCUGGCCGAAGCGCAAGGACUUUGUGAAGGACUAUGUCGCAGAGUGUCCCACCUGUCAGGAGGUGAACAGUGCGAACCACCUACCUUAUGGUUUGCUCCAGCCUCUUCCUAUCCCUGAGGGUCGUUGGCAGUCGAUCUCGAUCGACUUUAUCGGUCCUCUUCGACCUCCGACCCGCCGCGGUCAUGAUGCUAUCCUGGUCGUCGUCGACCGCUUCACGAAGCGUGCACACUUUGUUCCGUGCCGCUAUGCUAUCAGUGCACGUGAGGUCGCCGACAUCGUGUUUGMCCGAGUCGUGCGYGACCACGGCUUACCUCUCAGCAUCAUAUCUGACCGUGACCCGCGCUUUACCAGCCGAUUCUGGCGACGGCUCCACGAGGUAUACGGCACUCAGCUCCGCUUCUCCUCGUCUUACUAUCCUCAAACUGAUGGUCAGACCGAGAUCACGAACAGGACUCUCGGRGAUAUUCUCGGAAAGAUUGUUCGUGACGACCAGCAGUGGGAUCUUCAUCUUGCCCAUGCGGAGAUUGCCUACAACCACGCCGUCUCGCCUGCCACGGGGAUGUCGCCUUACUAUUGCGACCUCGGCUAUCACCCUCGUGUUCCCGUGGACUUCCUUCGACCGUCACAGAUGCACCCCGACACGAGUUGUCCCGCGCUGGAUGAUUGGGUUGCACACAUGACGUCGAUCAUGAAGACCGCACAUGAGCACAUAGCCGCUUCCCAGACUCGCAUAGCAGCACGUGCGAACCGAUCGAGGAUGGAUCAUCCAUUCAAAGUCGGUGAUGAUGUGGUUAUCGACGCCCGCCACUUACAACUCGAAGCGGAUACGCUUCGCAAGUUUCGGCGUCGCUUCUUUGGUCCAUGCCGCAUCCUCCAGGCCGUCGGUUCUGAUACGGGUUCUAGCCCGGUCAGCUUCCGUGUGAAGCUGGCCGACUACCUACGCCAGGCUCGUGUACACGUUGUCUACCACGUCUCGUUACUGCGUCCUUACCGCAGACCGUCUGAGCGUUUCGCCAGACGACAAUACGAGCGCCCUCCACCCAUCAUGGUGGACGGUCACGAGGAGUUCCUCGUUUCAGACAUCAUUGGUCGCCGAGUCACCGACGACAACCCUCCUCACGUCGAGUAUCUCGUACGUUGGAAGGGUUACCCUCAUGAGGAGGCUACCUGGGAGCCCCUCGAGCACUUGCAGCACGCUCGCAUGUUGGUGCGUGCCUAUGACCGUGCUUGCCGUGCUGGGUUCACUGCUCCUCCUCAGCCCACUGACCCUCCUCCUCCUCCGGCUGAGGAGACCGCUGAAGUCGAGCCUGCUCCAUCUGAGGCAGACCUUCAGCAGCAGCCGGAUGCUGCUGAGCGUCCACAGCGCACUCGUCGUCGUCCUGCUCGAUACGACGAUUGACUCUGACUUACCUUCCCACGUCUUUUACUUCUCAGUACUCCAUCCACAUCAGUUUUGUUACUUCAGCUCGUCGACGCUGCGGCUCUUCCUCGACGGCAUUCCGGACUUCUCAUCGUGGACGUCAUAGGCAGCUUCAUGGACUUCGUCACGAUCAGCUCUGCCUACUUCAGACGUCGCCACUCUCUGACCACUUUACCCUGUACAGUACCCUGCUUGUGUCGCAUGAUGGUCUCCCUUUAGCCGGGUUCCUCUGAGUUGGGCUCUCCCUUGGUAUACGCAUAGGCAUCG